AUGGCUCAUACUGAUUUCAUCAUUUUUUUUCUCUUCUUUAUUUCCACAAGAUGUGUAUUUGUUAUUUCCUCCCUUAAUAGAGUUCUUUCUUUUUUCUUUCUUUCUUUUCUCUUUCUUAUUUCUUUUUCUUUUCUCUUUCUUUCAUUCUUUUUUUAUUUCCUUCUUUUCGUUUGUCGUUUUUCUUUCUUCUUUUCGCUUUCUUUUCAUUUUUUUCUUUGUUUUCAUUUUCAUUUUUCUUUCUAUUCUUCUUUUCCUUUUUUUUUUUUCUUUCUUUCUUUCCUUCUUUCUUUCUUUUGGUUUCUUUAUAUUUUUCUUUCUUUCUUUCUUUCUUUCUUUCUUUCUUUCUUUCUUUCUAUCUUUUCUUUUCCUUUCUCUUUCUUCUUUUUUUGUCGUUUUUCUUUCUUUCUUUACUUUUUCUUUCUUUACUUUUUCUUUCUUCUUUUCGCUUUUUUCUUUUUCGAUCUUCUUCCUGUCGUUCUUUUCUUUUUCUUUCAUUUUUCUUUUGUUUUACUUUUGUUUUCUUUCUUUUGCUUUCUUUAUAUUCAUUUUCUUUCUUUUCUUUUUCUUUCUUCUUUCGGUCUUUCUUUUCUUUUUCAUUUUCUUUCUUCUUUUCUUUUAUGUUUUUCUUUUUUUUCUAUCUUUCUUUCUUUUUUUCUUUCUUCUGCAUUUUUUCUUUUUUCUUUUUCUUUCUUCUUUUCUUUUUCUUUCUUUCUUUUCUUUUCUUUCUUUCUCUUCUUUUUUUCUUUCUUUCUUUUCCCUUUCUUUUCCCUUUCUUUUCUCUCUCUCUCUUUCUUUCUUUCUUUCUUUCUUUCUUUCUUUCUUUCUUUCUUAGUCUCCCUUUUAUUGCUUAGUUUUCUCCUAAUCCGUCAUACCAUUGAAUAUUCUUUUCCCUGA